GCUGGAGGAAAUAAUGAAGUCUUCCUUGAGGAAAUUGCGUGGCUUUUCCAAGCAGAAGAAGGAGACUAGUAACAAGGGCCACGAAGAUGCAGAGGCCUUGGCUGAAUUCGACGAGCUCAAAACGGCCAUGCAGGUAUUACAAUGGCGACCCCGAAGACGGGAGCAUCCACCAGUCGUCCAGCUCUCAUGAAAGAAGAUCAAAAGAACGAGGAACUGGAGACCAAGAUCGUGUCUAAGUGGAGCAACAUUGGAGAUACCAACUUGGGCAACUUCAGUACGAAGAAGUUUCGAGAGGUCCCUUACAUUGGCAAGCCAUCACCUGUCGCCAGGAGGAUAAUUGAGAGUGGCAUCAUUAAGGCGGCCGACUUCCCUCCAGCAGUUCAAUGCCAUGAGUUGAUGAUCGAGUGUGCUCGUCAUUAUGAUCCACAGUCCAGAACGAUCGUGUCCAAGGAGGGAAACACUUUAGCUUAUCUUUCAGAAGAGGCUAUAAGUGAGGCUUUCCAUCUUCCAGAGCACAGAGAUAUGGUCUACAAGAGCAUAGAAGGAGCCAGGUCCAUGUACGAAGAUGAUCCAGAUGCUUGCCUAAGCAUCAUCAACAAGAAUUGGUUACUUAAGAGUCGUCCUCGCCUGAGCAAGAUUCCGAACACACCACACAGGAUCGACUUCCAGGAGGAGUACAGAGAUUUGAUAACAAUGCUCAACCGAGUCACAGGAGCUCCUCAAGCCUUCUAUUUUGAGAAGUGGAUGUUCUACUUUAUCCAGGUGAUAGUUCAGGGAAAAGGAACAAUUCAUUGGGCUAGGAUGAUUAGCCAUUGCUUGGACGUACAGUUAAGGAGACUCAAGGCUACCAAGUCCUUCCACAUGAGUUCAUACAUCAUAUAUGCCUUGGUCAGGAGCUUUGAGUAUGCAGGACUACCUCACAGAGGAGUGAUUGGAAGAGGACCUGGCGAGGUCAGAGUUUGUGAUUCCUAUGUUCACUUGCAUCAUCCACCAGGAAGUAACUACAAGUUAGUUAAUGAUACCUUCACGAUGAACAUCACCAGGACGUUGCAAGGCGGGAUUCACAAUAGAUUAUCUCAGGAUGCAUAGGAACUAGUAAAGAGGUACGGUGCUUGGUUUAUCCAAUUUCCGAAAUUUACUUACAUCAGAGUCCAUGGAUGUCCUUCACCUCCAUACAUGUUGCCGAGAUAUCCGACAGACAGAAUAGUGUUACUUGAGGUAACAAGACAGUUGGCAGCUUAUGCGAAGGCAUUCAGACACAGACAUGGAAAUGGAGUUCCUGUACCUAUCAUCUUAGGCAAUUCAGUUGAGGUAUGUCCUAAUGCUUUAGCCAUGGAUGACGCAGAGAAGGAGUUAGCUUUGUAUUCUUUUUCAUCCUUUGCUUUGAGAGAGAGCUUUGAUCCACAUGGAUAUAUAGAGGAGACAGUCGGUAGAAAGUUUAAGCAUGAGUUUCAGAUAGAAGAUUUUAUGAUGAAUCUCUUAGACGAUCUUGAAGUGAAAAGAAAGAUGCAUUCUAGAUUGCCUUUGGAUUUCAUCAGGAAAUGCAAGAUUUACACAGUGGCCGACCAAGCUCAGGACAGUGGCAGACAUCUUCAGUCAUCCUAUGAUCGAGAAAGCAAAUCAGUAAGGUUAGACUGGAAUGAGCCCGAGGUUGUGGAUCUAGAUGCCUUGAUGGCUUCAGUCUUGUCUUGUACUCGCAGAUGGGUUGAUGUGCAGCAUCAGAAGUUGAGAGAGCAGGGCAUAGCUAUGACUUUCACUUUGGAAGAGAAACCGGCUGAAGGUGGAGCUAGUGUAAGCGAGGGCAAUCCUAAUCCCAGAAAUACAAGUGAGGGCAACCUUCGAAGUGCAAGUGAAGGCAAUCUCCAUCCAAGAGGCUCAAAGAGGAAAGAAAGACCUGAGAAAAGGGAAUCCUCCAAGAAGAAGCAAGAGGCCAACCGAGAUCGUUCAUCCGGCACAUCUUCUCGACAAGAGAAGAGGACAUCUGAGAUAGAGGAAUCCAUGGAAUCAAUGGUACAAAAUGAUAAAGAAGGACAGGCACCUCGAAGGUCACCAGGUGGAUCUCUCCAAGAUAAUGAGUUGCAUGAUGAUAGGGAAGAUAAUGAAGUGACAUCUCCUCCCAGAGAAGAAGAAUUGCUCAAGGAGAUACAGGUUAAAGAGACAAGAUCCGCCAUCCCAGAUUGGUUGAAGGAAAGAUUAACGAAGGUAAUUGUGAUCGAGGACGAGGACAAUGUAAUUGAUUUGGAGAGCCUUGUUGGACAUUCCCAGGAAGUGAUAGAGAAGAGAAAAGCUACCAAGAUGUCCAAGAUGAUUAGAGAUGAGACUGGAUCCAGAAUAUUGCAGAUAGCUACACCGGCCGUGGACAAGUAUGAAGGUGAGAUCCUUGCAGAAGAAUAUGAUGUAGAGACAUUUGAGCUUGGUCCACUCACAGCCGAGCAGACACUAGAUGAUGCCACCGAUUCGUUUGAGGCAUUGAAAGAUAAGCUUAGGGAAGAAAUGGAGAAAAAUAGAAAGCUUGAGAGAGAAGUUGGUGCAUGGAGAACAUAUUUCAGCCAUCUCAAUCAGCCUUUGGGACGUCAGGAUCCAGCAAGAUCACCCGUACAGGCACUUCCCCUUCAAUCAAUUAGUGAGGCAGAGAGAUUCAGGAGUUUGGUCCAGCAUAUGAGCACUUGGAUGGACAAAUCCCAUACAGUUGCCGUAGAAUUUGCAACAAGGAUGAUGAAGACUAUUCAUAGGGCUAUCCAGGUUCUUGAGAUCAUCCACAACUUGAUGAUAACAGUAGCUGCUUUUGCUCAUACCAAAGAGGUUAUCAUUCUUGUCUUGCAAGUAAUCAGACAAACAUCGAGGAAGGUCUUAGCGCAAGAAAAGAUCAUGGAUGGAGGACCUCACAGUUUACUUCAGUGGUCAACCUUACUCCAGAUGAAGGAAGUUCUCUUCGAGGACAUCAGUACUAGAUGUAGCCAUGUUGAGGAGGUUAUCCACCCGAUCCAGGACAAAGUAUUUGAGGUACUACGUACCAUUCUUGGCAGGAGGAUCGAGAUUGAGACAGAUGUGGAUUUGCAGGAAUUGGAGGAUAGAAUCAAGGUUAUCUUUUGCAAGGAUGCAAAUGUUAUCACAGAUGAGCAACGGGACCGGAUGUUUGCUACCAUGCUCUUGAUUGAGAAAACUAAGGAACUUGAACCUGGUUGGGACGCUGCUCUUCUCCAGGCAUUUGAUCAGGUCAUCCACUUGGAAGAGAGAAUGAAGAAUCUUCCCGAGAUUCCAAUUGCUGAGAUCGAAGGAAUCGUGUCUAGAUUCAUUGCAUAUGCUAAAAAGGAGCAUUGGAAAGGGAAUAAGAUUCUAGAUGAGAGAUUGUUAUAGAUGACAUGGCACCUUAAUUGUCAUUGGUUUAUGUCUCCUAGAUUUUCGUGCCAAAUUUAAUAAUUGGCUAUGCAUUUAAUGUUGUGCAAUAAAAGGGGAACUUUUGUAAUAAAACCCUAAUUAGGGUUUAGGUGUCAUAAUCUUGGCCAUUGAUCUUCUUUCGA